AUGACACUGCCAUAUGUUACCAAGUCCAGUUACUUCAACUUACCCUCCUCUAAGGUUAUAGCUACUUCACGUCUCUAUCCAAGUAAGGAUCAGCAACGUCAACGCACUAACUCUCUCUACGCGUCACCCCUAGGAUAUCCUAGUUACUCUGAUGGUACUGGUCACUACUAUACACAGAGGCGCCUACAAUCUGCCAAAAGGCUAUCUGAUGAGGAAUAUCAGAAAGCAAUGGGCUCUAUUGAGCCAGAGAUGGACCGAAGAUUGCCUUUCAGGGAUGGAGAUAGUGGCAUUGCAAACCCAGCUCGUGACUCUUUUUCACAUAAGUAUGGUGAAACAAACUCUUCAGUCUAUUUUGCAGACACUCCCACUAAUUUUAGACACGUUUCGCCGACUGGUGGCACUCGUUCCACGUAUACAGACAGUCCUAAACGGGCUUCACCUGCUCCUGAAUACGCAAUUCGCAUACCAUCUGCUUCAGGCUUCUAUACUUCAGUAUUGCCGCCCCAUGCGUCAUGUCGGACUGUCAAGUGGGAGGACUUAGAUAGCUCCAGAUUCUCUGCAGGCGAACAAAAUGCUAACUUUGAAGAUAGUCCUUGGUGUCACAGGCAGCCGGAGGCUAACACAGCCAUUCAAAACGGCAACAUUCAAAACUCUCUGUCCGGCCGCUUUUUGAAUGUCAAGACUCCCGAUGGCCCAAGAUCUGGGGAGCUGAGGCCAACUACGAAUACAGUCACCUAUUCAUCUUGUGAGCUGGUGCCUCCUUUGCCACAGGCUUUCUCUCUCCAUCAAUCUGACCUAUCAACAAGGACGCCAACAGUUGGCUAUCCUGCUCUGUCAUCAUCUUCGAUUCCAGCCCCAUUCGUAGCCAGUUUAUCAUCUCGGCUGCGCCGACCACCGUUACCCCGAGAGAAUGGCCCACCGUUAUGCGUGGGACCACGCAAUACCGCAGGUCCCUUUGGUUUUCACUUUGAAGAACCUGGUUGGCGAAAAAACGAGGUUACGAGAUUGCCUACUCUCACUGCUAACCAUAUAGCUGUAUCAUCGUUGCCACUGCCGGAUUCAGCAUCAUCAUCAAUCGCAAUCGCAAAAGAAUCUGGAGGGGCUGGAAGCAGGGCACUGUAUACUCGCAGUAAAUUACCUCCGGAACUUGAUGAUGAGCCCUCUUGGCAAGCAGGCAGGCGUCUCAGGCGAACGAGACCUGAUCAGCCUGUUCCUAUUUCCGAUUGCGAGUUUAGCGCUAUUUCGGCCAGAGUUUUUGCCAACUGUAGCAAUUCUUCUACAGAGCAUCAUCGAUUAGAAAAUAGCCAUUCCGAUUACGAUAACUUGGGUACAAAGCAUCAGGUAGGUGAAGAUAAAUUGGAAUAUAUCUAA